AGGAAACCCGAGGACUUCUACAAGCACUUUGUCAUCGAGCUGGUCCCCAACUAUGUGCAUUCUGCCAAUGGGUAUGGUAAUGGGCUUAAUAACUGUGUUGGCAAGCACCCCCGCAUGGAGAAUGCCAACAUGAUCUGGAACAUGUUCUACGACAUGUACCAGCUGCCACAUAACUUCGGCGUUAUGUACACCGGCACUAAGGACGGGUCUGGCAGAGUUACUCAGCGCGAGACACUCGUCCUGGAUCGUAACAGCGGGUCGGACUUCGACAUGGUGCGCUGGAACUACAACCGCAAGCCCGCCACAGACAUGCCUUUCUUCGUGGCCUUCCCCUUCCCCACGUCCGGGGUGGAGGACCACAUUUGGAUCGACCUCAACUGGCCUAUCCGUUGCAUCUACAUCACAAAGUUCUGA